AAUAAAAGUAUAAUUAAAUGGGGCUGAUUUUAUAAAUUUAUGAUUUAGUGCUCCGGGUCUCUUUCUGUUCCUUCCUCUGUCUGUAUGCACGAGGCGAACGUCGAGCAUCGAAAAUGUCGAAACCAGAGCUGAAUUCCCUUCCGAACUCGCUCGCAACUCACAACCAACUUGUUGACAAACUAACAUCCCACAUCUCUCUCUACCACUCUCACUCUCGCCUUUCAGAUUCCAAUUCCAAUUCAAUCUCUAAUCCCAGGUCCUCCAUCCUCAAAUGGUUUUCAUCUCUCACUCUCCACCAGCGCCAGGCUCACCUCACGGCCAUCGACUCCAACUUCAUUCAGAUUCUCCUUCAGAUGCUCGGUACUAUUCGUAGGCGCGGCCAUGGAUUCUUCAUCGUCCUCCCUGAUCUCCUCUCCGGCGACCUCCCAAGCAUCUGCUUCAAGAGGUCGCACGGUCUUCUUUACAGGGUUUCCGAGUCGAACCAAUCAGAGAGGUUGAUUUUUGAGUCCACGCGGCUAUUUUCGUCAACAGAAGGUGAGACGAUCGAGGAGUGUUCGUCGUCGGUGAAAUGUUUGAAUACGUUAACUGUGAGCGAGGAGUUGGUUGAGAAUUUGGAUCGAUUUGUGGAGGCCAUGGAUGUAGUUUCGAAUGGAGCUUUUUUGAGAGGCGAAGUUAAUGAAUUGGGUUCGAAUUGGGUCGAAUUGGAGUGGUUGAAGGAAAAAGGGUAUUACAGUAUCGAAUCUUUUGUGGCCAAUCGGUUAGAGGUGGCUUUAAGGUUAGCGUGGCUUAAUAGUAGUAAUGGGAAGAAAAGAGGGGUGAAAUUGAAAGAGAAAGUGAGUGCUGCCGGUGUGGCGGCAAAUGUGUUUUGGAGGAAGAAGGGUUGUGUAGACUGGUGGGAAAAUUUGGAUGCUUCAACGAGGAGGAAGACUCUUUCUGCGGUUUUGGGAAAAUCAGCGAAAUCUUUGUGUCGUGAGAUUUUGAAGGCUUCUUCUAGUGCAUCGGAGGAUGAGCUUUGGCUCUUCAACACGGGAGCGGAACGACCAAUGAGGUACAAGUACUCUACUGUAAAUACGAGAAAGACUAUCCCAACACUUGCAGCUGAUGUUGAAUUUGGGUCAAAUGUUGUUCCAGCUUCUCUUUCUGGAAAACCCGCUUCCUUAUCCAAUGCCUUCAGUAGUUUAUUUGUGCUUCUUGAUAUUGUUACGAUGACUGCAGCACUAUGUCAGGAUAAUGAAUAUGAUAAAGGGAAACUUUUCUUCAGCACAAUGAGUUCAAUUUGUACCAUUUCUGAUUUUAUACUUAGAAAAGUGCGAGGAUUUCUAAUGGUUAUUUCGCUUGAUUGCACUAAACUUGAACUUAUAGCAGAAGAAAACGUUAAGUCCUCUCCUAUUAAGUCCAAAGGAAAGGUUGGUGCUUGUAGCAAUAAGAAAAAGGGGAGGACCCGUAAUACAAAGAAGCUAAAUCUUAUUUCAGGGGGAUGUGUUACUAUUGAUUCGCGUGAAAAACAUCUCAAGGCUCUUGGAUGUACAUUGUCUGGUAAAGAGAAGUCAGAGUUGGAUGAGCCCGAGAAGACACCUGAUGUUGAUCAGGGGAAGGAUAUCUGCAACGAUACAUCAUUAAAAGAACCUGCCAAAGCAGUUAGUGUUGGAAAAGCUCAAUCCGCUACAAGGAAGAAGAGAAGAGAAAAAGGGAAUAAGAAAGUAAAUGUCUUCAAGAAUCCAGUUGAAUGGUCCAAUUGUAAACGACCACUAAUGGAAGCUUCCUCUUUAUCCGUUGUUUCUCAAGAUGAGGCAGCAACUUGUCCCGUGUCUGUUCAUUCAACCUUACAGAGUGUUUCAGGUGAGAAUUCAGCUGAGAAUGAUACCCCUCCAUCAAACACAAUUUCAUCUGGUUCUGUAAGUGGACCUAUCGUGGAUGACCAAACCACCAAAAUCAUUCAAGAGAAUGGUGGACUAGAAUGUUAUCAGUUAAAUAGAAGUUUUACGGAAAAUAAUACCUUAGAAACUAUAAAUCAUACAGUAGAUUUGAAAGCAAUAUCUUCUUCUUUGCAUACAAUGGACACCAAUGCCUCCGGGGUCCAAGAUAGUGAUACCAAGAAAUCUUUACCUAAUAGUGAAAUUGAUGAAAAAUCAGUUUCGCCAGAGAAACCAAUCAGGGUUUUUGAUAUUAAAGAGAAACCCAUUUUAAAUCUAAAGCAAGAGACUAGACAUGUAUUUGAUACAUCAACUUCACGUAGUUCAGAUGGCCUUCCAUAUGAAUGGCCUUUUGUGGCUUCUACCUACUAUCCACCUGUUUACCCACAUCUCCUCCCUGCCACUGAUCGCUUGCAUCUGGAUGUUGGUCGUAAUUGGCAUCACCACUUUCAUCAAUCCUUUGUACCUGCAUUACAUCAGAGGAAUAUUGAAGGGGGCUGUAACCCAGUUUUGUCUCGAAGAUUGCCCAUGAGUGUAGAUUGGCAUCCAAUGGUUCGUGGUGCUUGUGGGUUGGCUCCAUCGCUGGCUCGUAAUUAUGACUCUGGGUUCAUCUCAAGAUGGCAUUAUCCUCAGGCUUUUACUAUUAAUGGAACAACCAUUGAUGAUGAAAGGAAGCAUUCUGGAGACCAAACUGACCCACCUGAUUUAACAAGUAAGCAAGAACUAUUAGAUGACUGGGACAGCCAGAUGUCAGAAGAUGAAGUUGAUGUUCAUGCAGUCUCAGGGAUAGAUUAUAACCAAUACUUUGGUGGUGGUGUGAUGUACUGGAAUUCUUCUGAUAAUCCUGCAGGAGGAUUCUCUCGCCCUCCUUCACUGAGUUCGGAUGAUAGCUCAUGGGCUUGGCGUGAAGCUGACAUGAAUAGGGCUGUUGAUGAUAUGGUUGCCUUUUCUUCUCCAUAUAGUACAAAUGGUUUGACUUCACCAACUGCUUCUUUUUGUUCGCCCUUUGAUACUUUGGGUCCAGCUCAGGCCUUAGGCUAUGUUAUGACUGGAAAUGAGGUGCCAGGCAAGGUGCUUCAUUCGCCAUCUGCAGCGACUGAUUCAACAGUUGAGGAGGAUGCGUCUAGAUCAUUAGCAGAGCUAUCUGUUGAUGUUGAAGGGAAGACAGGAGAUUUGCUUCCUUACCACAUUUUACCUCCAAUCAUUAUUCCAAAUAUGAGGAGGGAUAGGUCAAGGUCUGAAUUCAAGUGUAGUCAUGAUGUUAAAAGUCCAUGUGUCCCUCUCACUAGGCGUGAGCAACCUCGGAUGAAACGACCACCAUCACCAGUCGUGCGUUGUGUUACACGUGCUCCACGACCCCCUCCUCCACCCUCUCCUGUGAGUGAAUCAAGGAAACACAGGGGGUUUCCAACUGUUAGAUCUGGUAGCUCUAGCCCAAGGCAUUGGGGUAUGAGAGGUUGGUUCCCUGAUGGAGCUAAUUUGGAGGAAGCUUGUUUAUACAGGGAUGGAGCUGAAGUUGUUUGGCCAUCUUGGAGAAACACUACAUUUUCAGGCCACUCAAUGAUUCAACCUCUUCCUGCAGCUUUGCUUCAGGAUCGGCUGAUUGCUAUGUCGCAUCUUGCCCGUGAUCAGGAACACCCAGAUGUUGCUUUGCCCAUGCAGCCAGCUGAAUUGCAAAGCUGUCCUUCACGAAAAGCCUCUCUAUCUAUGAUGCACAACCUCCUCCAUGAUGAGAUUGACUCUUUCUGCAAGCAGGUUGCUGCACAAAAUCUGGGUAGAAAACCAUACAUAACAUGGGCAGUCAAGCGGGUUACGCGGUCUCUUCAAGUGCUGUGGCCAAGGUCCAGGACUAACAUAUUUGGUUCUAAUGCAACUGGUUUGUCUCUUCCUACCAGUGAUGUAGACCUUGUGGUUUGUCUUCCUCCUGUGAGGAACCUGGAACCAAUUAAAGAAGCUGGAAUAUUGGAGGGUCGCAAUGGUAUCAAAGAAACAUGCCUUCAGCAUGCAGCCAGGUAUCUAGCAAAUCAGGACUGGGUGAAAAAUGAUUCUCUCAAGACUGUGGAAAAUACAGCUAUACCUAUUAUUAUGCUUGUGGUAGAAGUUCCCUGUGAUCUCAUUGCCUCGUCUUCAUCUAAUGUACAAUCACCAAAAGAAGAACCUUCUCACUUGUCUUUGGAACAAGGUUCUAAUGUGCAUGCUGAUGUGGUUGUUUUAGAAGAAUCUGCUUUGCCAAAAUGCUCACAGAUGAACAAUGAUACUAAGAAGGAUUCAAUAUCAGUUCGUCUUGACAUAAGUUUCAAAUCUCCAUCACAUACAGGACUCCAGACGACUGAACUGGUUAAGGAGCUGACUGAGCAUUUUCCUGCGGCCAUGCCUCUCGCUUUGGUACUUAAACAGUUUUUGGCAGAUCGGAGCUUGGAUCAAUCCUAUUCUGGUGGUUUGAGCUCCUACUGUUUGAGUUUGCUAAUUACGCGUUUUCUUCAACACGAGUAUCAUCUUGGCCGACCUAUAAAUCAAAAAUUUGGAAGCCUUCUAAUGGAUUUUCUAUAUUUCUUUGGUAAUGUAUUUGAUCCUAGACAAAUGCGAAUCUCAGUAAGGGGAAGUGGAAUUUAUAUCAAAAGGGAAAGAGGUUGUAGCAUUGAUCCGAUACACAUUGACGACCCCCUUUUUCCAACUAAUAAUGUGGGAAGGAAUUGCUUUAGGAUUCACCAGUGUAUUAAGGCAUUUUCAGAUGCCUAUACUAUUUUGGAGAAGGAGCUUGCUACCCUAUCCAGUGAUGAUGAUGAGUCGUGUUCGAAACUGUCCUGUAGACUGCUUCCAAAAAUUAUACCAAGCAUUGUAUUAUCAUAAGGUUCUUUCCUAUGAAGCAAUCUUCUUCGUAUUGUAAGGUAUUAUAUCAACUGUUUCCUUCUGAAGAAUUGAAACAGUUGAUUAGAAGAAUGUUGAAAAAUUCACUGGAAGGCCAUAUUCCUUUUCAUACUGGACUCCUGUUUUUUAUGAGCAGAGCGGAACCAAAGUAAGGGUUGCUUAAUGUUCUGUGUCGAACUUAGGUAGAGUUUGAUAUCUGUGUUCUUUAUUAUUACAACCUGCAUAUUAUAGUCUCACUUUUUCCUUUUUGACAUUUUCACUUGAGACAUGAACUCGGUUUGUUGUCAACUGAAGUACAGAUUUGACUUCCUUUGUAAGCUACAUGAGUUGAAGCAAAAUGCAUACUUGUCAAGGAAUAGAUGGCCAAAGCUAAUUUGCUGUAAGCUUGUAACUCUUUGUUGCAUAAUAUUUUUAAACCAGAAAUUUUACAUUCUAAUAUGUCAAUUGAGACAUUGAUGGUAUACUUUUUUGAAGGAAUAAAUUAUGAAAAUUAAAAAUGCUGAUUUUGAUCUAGUGUAUCUUUAUUUGAAUGUGAAUGCACAUGAUGUGAAUUGUCUGUUGUUGUUGCUUUAACUGAUUCAGUGAAUAUCAUUCAUGGGUGGAUGUCCUGUAUCAUUUUUAUUUGAAAAUUACAUUGGAAAAUUCAUAUUUUUCUUGUUCUUAUUUAUUAACUUUUUAGUAAUUUGACAGAUUCAUCUGCAGGAAUAUGUCCGGAAAAGAAAGUUCUAUACAAAUUAAUAUCUGGUCUUCAUACUUCAAUAACAAUCCACAUAGCUUUUGAUUACCUUUUGGAUGAAUACCAGUCAGGUUCUCCUGCUGCCUCAUAAUAAUUAACCAUGGUGUUUUAUCGAUGCUGACAUCAGCUUUAGUUGUUGUGAUUAAGUUUGGGAGAUAUAAAGAUUGUUGCAAAAAUAAUGUCAUCAAUUCAUACUCCUGCAUUCAACAAUUUAAUACGAGGCCUUCUUGUUCAAACAAAAAAUGGAUGCUGGUUAGGAAGUUAAGCCUAACUUUUUCACACACUAAUUUUUUUGGUUACUAUUUUGCAUUUUAAACAUGAUCUUCUGUCACUACUUUGCAUAACAGAAAACAUGAUCAAAUUGUAAUUUUUUUCCUUCAAUUUCAUGAUUGCACAUAUAAUAUUUUAGGUGCAACUAUAAAUUCUGUUUUUUCAUUGUAGGACAUUUACAGAAACAGUAGAAUAAAUCCGUAUUAUCUAAUGGGAUGAGGAUUUGAUUAUUUUUUAAUAUGGUUUCAGUGGGGUGAAAAUGUGGAAAUAUUAUAUCACCGUUUUCUUAAGUACCCAGAUCGUGUCCAGAACUUGUACUUCACAUUCCUUUUUGUUCUCCGAGCCAUGACCAAAGCAGCAGAUUAUCUGGAACAGGCUGAGUCUGACACUGGUAACAAUUCAGAAGACUUGAAAACACAGUCUUUAAUGAAGCAGCUACUGUACAGUCGUAAACUUCAAGCUGCAUGUCCUCUUCCCAUUUGAUGAAGCAAAGUUGUGGCAGGGCCACAGUGGACAACAACUAAAGCAAUAAAUUCAAAAGCAAUUCAGAAAUAUUAGUUUACAGAAUUCUAAGGUAUCUAAAGGGAACACUUGGAAAAGGCCUCUUAUUCAAAUCACAAGGGCACUUAAUCGGAGUUUAUACCGAUGCUGACUGGGCCGGAAGUAUAGUUGACAGAAGAUCUACCUUGUUCGUUCAUUGGUGGUAAUCUAGUUGCUUGGCGAAGUAAGAAACAAAAUGUGGUGGCUAGAAGCAGCACAGAUGCUCACGGCAUGUGUGAUAUUAUAUGGAUAAAAAGACUUCUUGAAGAGCUGAAGUCAUCAUAUUCAUCUCUUGUAAAAUUGUAUUGUGACAAUAAGUUAGUGAUUGCAAUUGUUUAUGAUUCAGGGGUUUCAUGAUCGCACUGAGCACAUGUUGAAGUUAACAAGCACUUUAUCAAGGAAAAGAUGAGAAUGGCCAAGUGAGCUUGCCCUAUAUUCUUACUGAGUGGCAGACAUCUUUACAAAAGGAUUAUGUAAAAGAUCAACCAGCUUGAGGGGAGUGGGAAAAUCUUUUCUGUUUGGGAAUUAUUCUUGUAUAGCUGUAUAUUUGAUUGUUAUUCUGAGAUAUUAGGAUAGUUAAUAGAAUUUUUUCUCUUAUAUAUUGUAAUUAUUUAUUUUCCUGUACUUAAUAUAUACACGGUUUGUGUAUACAGAAAAAUAAGAUAGCAAUUACCCAA